AUGGCGAGAAUGGUAUCAGAAGACCAAUGCAGGAAGACUAAUAACAACCAUUGCCUAUGGGAAUGCUGUCCGAAGUCGUCCGAUCCAUUCGACACAGUUGAGGACUUGUUAGAGCACGUUCUAGAAGCUCACAUUCCAAAAGUUGUGAAAAAUGAGGAUGGUGAGGAAGAAGUGGUUUGUGAGUGGGAUCAAUGUGAAAUGAGCACAAUUAGAGGAGAUAUAACUAAAAAGACGGAGUGGAUGACGACCCACUUUAAGACAAGACACAUCACAAAUGCAAGACCAUUCAAAUGUCUCAUAGAAGGAUGUUCUGUGAGCAAAGCGACCAAGGUUUCCCCAGUAGCCGCAGAGCCUCCGAAAGUUCGAAACACAAUCUGGAAAAUCGUGAAUGGUCGCUGUGUUUGGGAUAAGCCUGUUAUGGUGACCAAGAAAACCAUUGUAUACUAUGAUGAUGGACCAAGAUAUGUGUUUCCAAAGGGAUACAGCAGUGACCAAGAUGAAUUGGAAUCUGACGAAUACUGGUCCGAAGUGGAAUAUUCUGAUGAUGAGUGCCAGAAGUGUGCGCCCAGCUACAGUCAAGCUAAUAUACCGAGGCCAGGUGUAAAAUGUGCAAGUUUGCAUCGGUAUCGGAAACGAAUAAAGAAGAAGAGGGCACCAAAGAUUCAGAAAAGGAAAGAAGAAGAAGAUGAGAAGAAAGCAGAUAUUAACAAUAAUGUUCCAGAAAAGAGUGAAGAUAUUCGAUCCGAGAAACCGGAAUUGGUCCCAACUCUAUCAGAAACUACCGAAGGUUUCGAUGAAUAUGAUGGGAUGCCAGUGCUGACCGCCUAUUUUGAGAAUUCAGAAGAAGAAGAUGCACCUAUUUUAGAAAUGGAGAUCCCAAUGGUUGAAGUUUUCGUGAAGGAAGAAAAAGUUGAAGGCAAAAAGAAGCCAGAAGAAUGGAUCAAGAUAAUAGACAUAGUCGAUGAGUUGCCGUUCAAAAAAGAAAUACUUCCAAUUAUAAAAAUCGAUGAUAAACAGGAAACUGUCGUACAGAGACGGGGUCGACCUCGACUUUUACCCACAGUGGAAAAAACCCAAAAGAAACCAGAACCAAAAUUGGAAACUGUAAGGAUCCCCUCUCCUACGAAACCCCAAAAAUCAGAUCCCCCUGCUCCCCAAUCUCUAAAAAUCAGCCGCCCUACAAAAAAUCGAAAAGUUAUGAAACCAAGAAAAAGACCAUCGAGGGCAUGUCGAGUACUUGGCAGUAUGGAAGAGGUCCCAUUCGAGUUGGAAAUUGAAGUAGAGUUUGAAAAACCAAGAAAGAUGCUGAAAGCAUUUUAG